CCGGCAGAUUGACAUACAGCACAGAGAAGACAGCCAGUUGAAGACAGAGACGAUGGACAUUCAGACAGGUCAGGUUGUUCGUCCAGUCAGCGCCAUGGAGAGUCUGGAGAAGCAGCUGAGUUGUCCCAUCUGCCUGGACAUGUUCACCAAGCCCGUGGUCAUCCUACCCUGCCAGCACAACCUGUGCCGCAGCUGCGCCAACGACCUCUACGAGUCCAGGAACCCCUACCACUUCUCAGGGGGGACCUUCCGAUGCCCAACCUGCCGCUUCGAGGUAGUCCUGGACCGUCACGGCGUGUACGGGCUGCAGAGGAACCUGCUGGUUGAGAACAUCAUCGACAUGUACAAGCAGCAGCAGGAGAGCAGGGAGGGCGGCGGCGAAGACCCCCCCCUGAAAGACAAAGACACCAAGGAGCCCAAGUGUAAGGAGCACGAGGACGAACGCAUCAACAUCUACUGCGUCACCUGCCAGACGCCCACCUGUUCCAUGUGCAAGGUGUUCGGCCAGCACAAGGACUGCGAGGUAUCGCCGUUGCACACUGUCUACCAAAGCCAGAAGAGCGAGCUGAGGGCCGCCGUGGAGCUGCUGGCCUCUGCAAACAGCUGCGUCCAGGCCGUCAUGUCCCAGAUGGACGAUACCUGCAAGCUGAUCCAGGACAACGGGGAGCUGCAGAGGAGGCGGCUGGGCGAGAGCUUCGACCUGCUCUACGCUAUCCUGGAGGAGAGGAAGGGACAGCUGCUGGAGCGCAUCAGCCAGGAGGAGCGGGACAAGAUGGCCGCCCUCAGAGCACUCGGCGAGCAGUACAAGCAGCAGCUGCAGCUCAGCAGCCAGCUGCAGGAGAAGCUGCAGCAGAGCAUGCAGGGCAGCGGCGCCGCACAGUUUCUCCUCACCGCCAAACAGCUGCAGCAGGAAGCCCAGCAGGCAGCCGGAGCGGCCCAGCUGCAGCGGCCCGAGCCGGGCUACGAGAGCAUGGAGCACCUGGGCCUGGACACGGAGGAAGUGGAAGCCCUGCUCGCCCACAUGGACUUCAGACACCACCACGACGAGGAAGACCAGGAGUAAAAACAGUAAGGAGAGCCUUUUAUCAGACUUUCAUGUCAGAGGAAGACCAGGAGGCUGACAGAAAGUAAAGACAGUAAGAAGGCAAACAGUGUGUUUUUACUCUCAUCCAGAGUCCUGGUCUUCCUCCGACAGUCUGGAAGACCAUGAGCCUGAUCGAGAGUAAACGCAGUAAGAAGGGACUUUAUUGGACUUAUCCUGAUCAGAUGAAGACCAAAACACCAACAGAGCAAAACCACUUGGGAGGAAGACCAGGAGUGGAAACAGAGAGUGACAACAGUAAGGGAAGACUUGGAGCGGUGCAAUCUUUAAAGUUUUUUACUGGUACAAAAUGAAACAUUUUGUAUUUGACUUUUUAUACUUUUCUAUCAUGAAUGUUUUUCUCUCGUCAUUCGAGUCCAGAUAAAGUCUGGACUGAGAACAGUUUUUAUUUUUCCUUUUGCCUCUUUGUGAAACUGAAAACUUGAACUGCAAACUGCACUGGAUUUCAGACUCUGGUAUAACUUUGAAAUGUCUUUUGAGAUGGUGUGAAUAAAGUUUGAUUUGAUUGUUAA